UUAAUGAGCUACAGGGUUAGAAGGAUGCUUAACAGUAGAUAGAUAGAUAGAUAGAUAGAUAGAUAGAUAGAUAGAUAGAUAGAUAGAUAGAUAGAUAGAUAGAUAGAUAGAUAGAUAGAUAGAAAGAAUCAUUGUUAAACAAUUAAGAGUUUACAUAGAUCUCCUCAGGGAUGCUCAGGGUCUGGCAAACCAUACAGUUACACAGGUAGGAAGAGGAAAUGUGUAGGGAAGUUCUAGUGUGUAUAUAUACACAUAUAUAUAUAUAUAUAUAUAUAUAUGUGUGUGUGUGUGUGUGUGUGUGUGUGUGUGUGUGUGUGUGUGUGUGUGUGUAUAAUUUUAUUUUUUAUACACACAUUUUGUUUACGACAAAAGAAGCUCACGUGAAAAGAAACUUUAAUUGAAUUAGUCCUGUUCAGUUUUGUCCACAAGAUGGCAGUGAGUACCUGAAAUGUGGGAGCUUGUAAAUCAUACAUUUUACAAAAUCGUGAUGCAGAUUUUCUGUCAAACUCGUAUGGUAGCAGUGGCCAUUUUUUUAGCCUAGCUGUAAUGUUUCACUGUUACCUCAACCAUUUAACAAUUAAAAUUUGUAUUUACAUACACAUGCAGUUCUAAGUAAUGUUUUGUGAUUGCAUAUGGCGUUUACAGGAUUUUCUGACGAAUAGGAAACUCUCCACCUUUUUGGCGUAUGCUCAUCAGUUGACAGAAAUGAAACCUGAAGCCACAGAGUCAUCCUUUAUUGUUGAAGAUGUCUUCAGGUUUCCACAGGUUCCUGCCAGGGGGAAAGAAGUGGAAAUUGAAGCUUUGUUAAGUAAGCUCAGGAACUUAAAGCAAGUCAAGCUAGAUCUUGAACAGCAAGUGAAGGAGGCCCUUUCACUGAGAGGGACUUUGAGCGAUGAAGACAGUGCUUUCACUGCUGAAGUGUUAAAACUAAAGGGAAUUUUGAAUGAAAAACAAGAGACAUGCAGAAAACUUCAGCUCAAAUGUGAGGACUUAGAACAAGAGUCGAAGAAGCAGUUUGAACUGAAACAACUGAAAGAGGAACUUGUGCAACAGUACAGCUGUCAGAUUCAGGAAACCAAAUUAAGGCACAGGAAAAUACGGAUGAAGUUUGAAAAUCAACUGCAGCAGCUGAUUGGACAGCAUAAGAACUUGUAUUCUAUGUUUACUCCAGAGAGACUCCCUAUCGAGGUGCAAUCUGCUAAAUACACCACAGAGCAGCUGCUGAAAGCUGAGAAGCAGAAGUUGGAUCAGGUGGCAAAUUUGCAGGAAGAGCUGAGUAAUGCCCCUCACACGAACAUGCAUGUGGAUGUUGUGACACAGAUGCAUAGUGAAUCGUUUUUACAUAUUUAACAUACCUAAGAGAGUGUUAAUAAGAAGAAAGCCACACCUUUUCUCAUUAAAAGGCACAUUAUUUGCUCAGGGAAGCUGUCCCGAGAGAAAUAACUUUACAGAAAUGUCAUGGUUAUUGGUCACACUGGUAUUUUGGUUGUUUUGGUUUCUAUGUUGUUAAUAUUCCAUUGUUGGUAAAUAAACAUUCAAAUAAAAAGUAAAAAGUAUAAAGCAAGCAGAUUUUACAUUUUUAUUUGUUUACAUAAUACAAAAUUUACAAUAUUUUCACCAAAAUCUAUGAGACAAAAAAAAUUUUUAAUCAACAUAGUAUCAAUAGUAAAACAUAAUCAUACCUCCAGCUAUGUUUUAGAGCUUGUACCUGAUGCUCUAGGAGUUCUUUGGUCUUUAACGGUACCAGUUUAUCUGGUACUAUAAUU